AUGGAGCCGGAGAGCAUCCGCAGGGUCUCCCUCUGCACCCGCCGCGCUGCCCCCCUCGGAGCUUCCUUCUGCCUCCGCACGUUCGGCCAGCUGAAGCUGUCCAUCGAGGUGCAGAACCGUGUCCUGGUGCUGCACAUCAUGGAAGCAAAAGGUCUGAUGGGAAAGCAGCACCAGCCAUGCAACUCCUAUGCGAAGAUGUCCAUUGUACCAGAUGCUGACUGGAGGUACAGGCAGAAGACAAAGACUGUGCCAGACAGCAAGAACCCUGUCUUCCAUGAACACUUUCUCUUCCCAGUGCAAGAGGAGGAUGAGCAGAAACGUCUCCUUGUCACAGUCUGGAACAGGGAGAGAAACUCCAGACAGAGCGAACUCAUCGGCUGCAUGAGCUUUGGUGUGAAGUCCCUCCUGACCAUGGACAAGGAGAUCAGUGGCUGGUACUAUCUCCUUGGGGAGGACCUGGGCAGGACCAAACACCUGAAGGUGGCCAUGCGGCGGCUGAAGCAGAGCAGAGAGCCCAUGCAGGAAAGUCAGAGUGCAGCACAGGAAAGCCAGGAUGAUGGGACCAUGGAGCAGCUGAAGAUCACGAUCCCUCGAGGGAACGAUGGGUUUGGCUUCACCAUCUGCUGUGACUCCCCUGUCCGUGUGCAGGCAGUGGACUCAGGUGGCCCAGCAGAAAAAGCAGGUCUGCAGCAACUCGACACGGUGCUGCAGCUGAAUGAGCAGCCUGUGGAGCACUGGAAGUGUGUAGAGCUGGCACAUGAAAUCCGGAACUGUCCCACUGAGAUCAUCCUGCUGGUGUGGCGGCUGGUGCCCCAGGUGAAGUCGGGACACGAGGGCAUGAUCCGCAGAUCAUCCUGCAAGUCUGCCUACGACCUCCAGUCACCACCCAACAAGCGGGAGAAGAACAGCUCUGUGCCCCCGCGGCCCGAGCAGCGCCGGAGCUGCCACGUCCUGUACGAUGGGAGCGAUGGGCUGGUGCUCAACAGCUGGGAGAGGUACACGGAGCUUGGCAAGCGGGGUCAGAGCACCCUGCCAGCCCUGUCCCGGGUGCCCUCUGCUGCAGACCAGAACUACAUCAUCUUAGCCCCUGUGAACCCUGGGAGCCAGCUGCUGAGACCUGUCUAUCAAGAGGACAAUGAGACUGGGGGAAAUGCAUGUAAAGGGAAAUCACACACAGGCUCCAGCAGAAAAUCCAGGCUCAUGAAGACUGUGCAGACGAUGAAGAGCUAUGGGAACUACCAGAACUGCACCAUAGUGAGGCCACACAUCCCACACUCCAGCUACGGCACCUACGUGACGCUGGCUCCCAAAGUGCUGGUGUUCCCCAUCUUUGUGCAGCCCCUAGAUCUUUGUAACCCAGCCCGAACUCUGCUGCUGUCAGAGGAGUUGCUGCUUCAUGAGAGCAGGACCAGGACCAUACAGGUGACUCUCUUUGUCUACUCUGACCUGCUGCUCUUCACCAAGGAGGAUGAGCCUGGGCGCUGCAAUGUGCUGAGGAACCCUCUCUACCUGGAGAAUGUCAAGCUCCAGGAGGGUUCAGAAGACCGGAAAUUCUGCAUCCUUUACCUUGCAGAGAAGUCGGAGUGCUUAUUAAGUUUGGAGGCUUACUCCCAGGAGCAGAAGAAGAGGAUCUGCUGGUGUCUGGCUGAGAACAUCACCAAGCAGCAACAUCCGGCAUCAGCUCCUACGGAGAACAAGAUGCUGGGGACGGACACUGAGAAGCCAGGGCAGAUGCACUCAGAAGACAAGAAGGUGGCAGCAGGUGAUGCUCCUCCAUGCACAGAGCCCACUGUGGGAGCCACCCGGGAUCCUCUCCUGCUGGAAAAGCAGCCGGUGGCUACCAAGAGGGGAGAGGAGCAGCCCAGAACCCUGCCAGCCUUUGUCAUCCCCGAGCUGCGGCUUGACAGCACCUUCAGCCAGAGUGCAGCGGGCACGGUGGGCAGCACCACAGAUGGUGAGGAUGAGGAGGAGGAUGAAGAGGAGGAUGAGGAAGAUGAGGAUGAGGAGGAUGAGGAGGAAGAUGGGGAUGAGCAGUACUUGGACAGGAAUGAGGCGAAGCGCAGCAGCAUGAUCGAGACGUCGGGCUGUCAGCCUGUCUACACACUGAGUGUGCAGAGCUCCCUGCGGCGCCGCACCCACAGCGAGGGCAGCCUGCUGCAGGAGGCCAAGAGCCACUGCUUCACCUCCGACACCACCCUCAACUGCUUGGACAGCCAGGGCACCACGGGCCACUGGGCCCUGCCCUCCCCCAGGACCCUCAAGAAAGAGCUCACCAAGAACGGUGGCUCCAUCCACCAGCUCACGCUGCUGUUCUCGGGCCACAGGAAGCUGAGCAGAGCCGACCCCGAAUGCAGCUGUGAUGAAGGGGAUGAGACCUCCCGCAAGAAACGGAGCAGGAACCUAGCCAAGGACAUGAAGAACAGACUGGGGAUUUUUCGGCGGCGAAACGAGUCCCCCGGGGCCAACCCCUCCGGGAAGCUGGACAAAGUGCUCAAGUCACUCAAGCCCACUCCCGAGGAGGCUCUAAAGUGGGGGGACUCCCUGGAGAAGCUGCUGCUGCACAAAUACGGGCUCGCUGCCUUCAGGGCCUUCCUGCGCACCGAGUUCAGCGAGGAGAACCUGGAGUUCUGGCUGGCCUGUGAGGAGUUCAAGAAGAUCAAGUCCCAGUCCAAGAUGGUCUCCAAGGCCAAGAAGAUCUUUGCUGAGUACAUCGCCAUCCAGUCCUGCAAGGAGGUUAACCUGGACUCCUACACACGGGAGCACACCAAGGAGAACCUGCAGAACAUCACCCGCAGCUGCUUCGACCUCGCGCAGAAGAGGAUUUACGGGCUCAUGGAGAAGGACUCGUACCCCCGCUUCCUGCGCUCCGACCUGUACUUGGACAUAAUUAAUCAGAAGAAAGCCAGCUCCCCACUGUAGACCCAAGGGCUCUCUCGGGGCAGGCUGGGAGCUGAGUGUUUACAUGGAAUCGGGUGGCAGAGGCUUUCCUGGGGGAUAACAGGAGCUGCCGUUGUGGCCCCAAACAUAUUCCUGCAGUGGACAUGUGUGGACAGCUGAAGGCACCGAGCAUGGGGCCGAGGGGACCAACAAGCCCAGCAGUCUGGUACUGCUCCAUUGCCCCAUCUCACCAUUGCUGGUACGAUGCCUUUGGGGUGACUCCGGCAUGGAUUUUAGCCAGGAGGGAAGCUCCCGUCACUACUGUGAAGCAGGCGCCUGAGCUGCCAGCAUGGCUGGAAGGUGACGAGUGAUCCCAGCUUGAGGAGGAGGACUUUUGUGUAGGGCUCUGGCAAGGGAACAACAGCACCACCUUAUAUCCCUGGAUAUGAGACUUAUGAACUGGACCAGCCCCAGGAUGCUGCUGUGCUUCCCAUGCCGACGAUGCCUCCUGGAGCAGUUAUAUCCCAGGAGCCCGGCGCUUCCUUUGCUCAUGGUGGGUCCCCCUGGGAGCAGCGGAAGCUGGGUCCUUCCCCUGAACUGGAGGUGUGUGAGGCCAGCCACCUCCUGCUCCCACCCCUGGUUUAUUUAUUGACCUCCCGUAGCUGGACGCGUUGCUGUGUCAUAGGAAACCCUCGCGUCCUUUCCCGGUCUGAAAUGACAAGUGCAAUAUUUGUGUGUGUUGCGGCGGGGUUCUCCGCUCGAGUGGAUGCUUUUUUAGUUUCUGAGUGCGUAUAACAUUGUCUGAGUUUGGUUUUAUCCGACAAGCGCGUUCCCUGGCAGCGGGCCGCUGGGGGAGCCUGGUGUAUAUAUCAUGCCCUGACGACGGAGGGUUUGGUGAUGGAGAAAAGCAGCUCCGUGGACCAGAUGCUCUCCUUACUCUGGAUAACAGUAUGCGUUUUGAGGAGUGAGGGUUACUGCUGACCCUGGCGGAGCUGGACGGACUGCCUGCCUCCAGGCACCCAGUUUACAGUGCGAAGCAUCUCUGCAGCUGGCAAAAAUGCAUUGUCAUGGUCAUAGGUAAAUAAAAGGAGAAUAUCA